UCCACUGUUCUCUGUUCUUUGUUGGGUUUUUCUCACCAGACAACGGUUUACACCUGUUGUAGUUUUGUCUCUUACUAUUGAAUAAUAAUUUGAUUGUUUAUUAUUGUUGCUAAUCCAAAUGCUACUCUGUUCAUAACUGUGGGAGGCUGCAAUUUUUCUACUUGGGAAAUUUUUAUCACUUGGAUGUCAUUGUCCCUCCAUUUUUUGUCUGUCUUCACUCCUUCGAGCUUUGUUCUUUUUAGUUUUUUGAUAGCUGAAUGAGCAGUUUAGUGAUGAUUUAUGGUUUCCCAGUUGUUCUUCUGUGAUGGAUCUCUUUCUUGCUGGCUUUAGGCUGCUGAUUUUUAUAUGAUUUUGUUCUUCUUUUGAUUCAAAAUUUAGGUUUCUUUGGUUCAUCUGAGUUUGUUUUUGCUAAUUUGAGUGUUCUGGGAAGAUUUGAAAUCUUUGAUUUUCUUUUUUCCCCUUCUAGAAUUCAUGUUUAAACUCCAUGUGUAAUAUUUUGAGUUCAAAGUUCUUGAUGCAUUAGAGCCAGUUGAAUUUCUUCACUUCCAGUUGUUCCUUUCACUAGAGAUGGAUAUUAUCCUGUUUUUAAGUUCUGCUGUUAAACUUUCAUGUUGGAAUGUAUUUGAUUCUGAUAACUUCAUGUGUUCCUAGCCUCGUUUCCUAUGUCAUUGGCCUGUUGUAUUCCGGUCGCUGAAGGUGUUUACUGUAUAGCAUGUGCUCGUUGGUUGUGGUUGAAGUUUCUCUAUAAUGCUGGCCAUGAAAGUGAAAACUGGAGCCUAGCCACGACUGAGGAAUUCGAACCUAUUCCUCGGUAUUGUCGAUUAAUUCUAUCGGUCUACGAAGAUGAUCUCCGGAACCCCCUAUGGGCUCCUCCAGGUGGUUAUGGUAUUAAUCCUGAUUGGGUGCUACUACGAAAGGAUUAUGAAGAAACUCUCGGUCGUGUUUCACCGUAUAUGAUUUACCUCGAUCAUGAUCACGGCGAUGUAGUCUUGGGAGUUAGAGGACUUAAUUUGGCAAAAGAAAGUGACUAUGCAGUCCUGCUAGAUAACAAACUUGGGCAGACUAAGUUUUGUGGUGGAUAUGUGCACAAUGGUCUCUUGAAGGCAGCUAUAUGGAUUUUUGAAUCAGAAUGUGAGGUAUUAAGGGAACUGGUUGAGAAGAAUCCAGGUUACACCUUGACAUUUGUUGGCCAUUCCCUAGGGGCCGGAGUCGUGGCAUUGUUGACGAUAAUCGCACUGCAGAAACAGGAUAGAUUGGGGAACAUUCAGAGGAAGAGGCUCAGAUGCUUCGCUAUCGCUCCGCCUCGGUGUAUGUCACUAAAUUUGGCCGUGAGAUACGCCGAUGUGAUCAACUCUGUAGUACUCCAGGACGAUUUCUUACCUCGGACUACUACCGCUUUGGAAGACGUAUUCAAGUCACUUGUCUGCCUACCAUGUUUAUUAUGCGUGAUGUGCUUGAAGGAUACCUGCACAAUGGAGGAGAAGAUGCUUAAGGAUCCACGACGUCUUUAUGCUCCCGGGCGUCUGUAUCACAUUGUUGAGCGAAAACCGUUUAGGAUAGGAAGAUUUCCUCCAGAAGUAAAGACAGCAGUGCCUGUAGAUAAGAGGUUUGAGCAUUUAGUCCUUUCUUGCAACGCUACUUCAGACCAUGCUAUCAUCUGGAUAGAAAGAGAGUCUCAGAAGGCUCUUGAUAUCAUGAUGGAGAAUGAUAAAGCCUUAGAAAUCCCAGUGCAGCAGAGGAUGCAACGGCAGGCUUCGGUAGAACGAGGACACGGCGAAGAGUACAAGGCAGCUCUCGAGCGAGCUGCUGCGUUGGAAAUCCCUGAUGAAAACAUACCAAUCUCCUAUGGAACAUUCACUGAAUUGGAAGAAGGUGAGAAUUCUAGGCAAUCAAUCGAAGACGCGUCGGUUGCCUCAUCGACAAAACGAAGGGAUCGUUGGGAUAAGUUCAUAAAACGGUUUUUCGAUGAGGAUCAGUCGGGUCGAAUGGUGUUCAAAAAAUUAUGAGGGUUACUGAAUGCUCAUGGGGAAGUAGGAAUUGGAAGUACCAUUCUUUUGAGUGUAAAAAGAGUAGAGAUUUAGUAGAUAGCUCAUUUGUUUCAAGAAUAGCUCAGCUCAGAUAGAGUAUCCCUUUUUGGUUUGCUUCAUUUAAGCAAAAGCCAUAUAGUCUAGAAAUGACGUUGUGGUAAACUGGGAUUUUAUUUUAUUAUUUUAUAUUAGGGAAUAGGAUUUCAUAUUCUUAAAUAUAAACGUUAUACUCUCUCAAUA